AGGAGACCUCACAGCGGGCGCGCGAGCGGACCGUUACAGCCGCCCAUCAUUAACAUAGAGAAUCAGCGGCUUAGCGGAGUUCAGAGCUGAGUUCAGCCCGGAGUUUGUACGGAGUUUAGCCCGGUGUUCAGCCCGGCUCAGCGGAGUUCAGCCCGGCCUAGCGGAGUUUAGCCCGCCUCAGCGGAGUUCAGCCCGGAGUCCAGCUCGGCUCAGCGGAAUUCAGCCCGGCUCAGCGCUUCACAGAGUGGAAACGGGAGGAAAACUUGAAGGGAUCUCAUUAUGUUCAGGGCAGCACAGAAAAAAGGCCAGGAGAGAGGAGGGAGAGGAAGAAAAAAGGAUGCAGGUUUUGAGACCCUCAGCCCCAGUUACCAGUAUCAUAAAUCUCUAGAGGGAGGUCUCACAGUUCCGAGUCACAUGGGCAGCGGCCCCCUCCCCAUGCAGCCGUACCCCACAGAUGAUGUGCUGAGACUGAGCCUGUCCAGAGGCGUGUCAAUCUCGCUCCCCUCCUCUCCGAUGCUGCCGCCCCGACAGCCAUACUUACUACCACUCAGACCCAGCACCAAAUCCCCAGGUUCAGUGAGAAAGCCAAAGUAUGUAGAGAGCCCUCAUGCUCCGGUGGGUGCAGUCAGCUGGACGCUGCGGAGCGAGGAACACCCCGAUCCUCUCUCGCCAGCGAAGACUGGCUCCUCCCCUGCUGCUCAGGAACUGAUGACACGGCUGGGCUUCCUACUGGGAGACACCAUCCCCACCUCAUCACACACAGCCAUGGAGGAAAGAAACCAGUGUACGGUCAGCAGUCAGGGGGCGAGUCCAUGCUCCACCCUGACCAGCAGUACAGCAUCUCCCAGUGCUGAAAGCCCCUGCUCCAGUUUACCCCUCAGCUCUGGCUCUGCAGAGAGACCCUCUCCCUGCCACCCUGGACCAUGCAUCACCCCUGCAAGCACCACCACUACCACCACCACACCCAGCUCUACACUGGAGAGCAAGGACAGCGGCAUCAUCGCCACUGUCACCAGUUCCAGUGAGAAUGAAGAGCGCUGUGGUUCCAGUCUGGAGUGGGCCAAAGACAGCAGCGGUGGUGGAGCAGCCACGAGGGAUAGUGGUCUUCAUGCCCUCCCACCAUCAGGUCCAGGACCUGCCCGCGAUCCAGCGGCAGCUGACGUCCAGUCUAAGAGUGUCGCUGCUACAGGGCCACCGCCUGUCUGCUCGCCUUCAGAUGGACCUGCCACUUACCACAGCACGUCACUGGUCAUGCCACGGCCCAACUCAGUGGCAGCCACCAGCAGUACUAAACUGGAGGAGCUAAAGUAUCUGGAUGAGCAGAGGAAUGCUCCCAUGCGCUCGUCCAUGCGUGGACCCUGGCAUGGGGCUCACACCAGCGGUCGAAACCAGGAAAAUAAAGCUCGAUUCACUCCAUACAAGCCUGCAGACAUCAUGCUGAAACCCCUGCUGUUCGAAGUGCCCAGCGUCACCACUGACGCUGUGUUCGUGGGCCGUGAUUGGCUGUUCCAGCGUUUGGAGGAGGUGCUGAUGGGUGUCGGUGAGGUGGUUCCAGGGGGCGGAGCUGUUGUGGUGGGCAGCGUAGGCUUUGGAAAAACAGCAGUCAUCUCCAGGUUGGUUGCUCUUAGCUGUCACGGAGGCCGGAUGAGACAGAUCGCCUCCAACAGCCCUGGAGCUUCUCCCAAGAGUGGGAGUAGAGGAGCUGACCCCCCUAGCCAGGGCAACCAGCUAAACCCCCCUGCCCAGAGCCCCCUGCGCAGCAGCAGCUGCCCACCCACUCCAGACACACACCGGCACAGAGAGGAGGCCGUCAAACGUCUGGCCAGCAAGGUGGUAGCGUAUCACUACUGUCAGGCUGAUAACACCUACACGUGUCUGGUGCCAGAGUUUGUCCACAGUGUGUCUGCACUGUUAUGUCGUGCUCCCAGGCUGGGGGCCUACAGGGAGCUGCUGCUGAAAGAGAAUCAGCUGCAGAGUCUUCUGAGUCUGCGCUCCUGCGUACAGGAUCCUGCUGCAGCCUUCCGCCGUGGAGUACUGGAGCCACUCAUUCUCCUCCGCAAGGAGAGGAAGAUUGCAGAUGAUGACUACAUCAUUCUGGUGGAUGGUCUGAAUGAAGCAGAGUUCCACAAGCCAGACUACGGAGAAACUAUCGCCUCCUUCAUCACCAAGAUCAUCUCCAAGUUCCCUUCAUGGCUGAAAUUGGUUGUCACAGUGAGGGUUAACCUGGUGGAAGUGACCAGCCUGCUGCCUUUCCCCAUCAUUUCCUUGGAUGACAUUCAUGACAACAAGGCCAUCAUGGCUGACCUGCACUCUUACCUGCAGCACCGCAUGGAGCACAGCACCGCCAUCCUCAGCAACAUCGCCAUCAACGGCAAGGCAGAGCCGGCUGCCGUCUCCAAGCUCAGCUCGCACCUGGUGGCUCGCAGCCAGGGCUCGUACCUGUACCUGAAGCUGACUUUGGACCUGCUGGAGAAAGGCCACCUAGUGAUCAAAAGCUCCAGCUAUAAGGUCAUUCCUGUGUCUCUGUGUGAACUCUACCAGCUACAGUGCAACAUGAAGUUCCCAUCGGCGUCCGCGUUUGAGCGUGUGCUGCCCGUACUGAAUGUAGCGCUGGCCUCAUUGCACCCACUUACUGAUGAACAGCUGUUCCGAGCGCUCAAUGCUGGCAGCCUGAAGGGGGCGUUAGAGUGGAGCGAUUUCCAGCAGCGCAUGGAGGCGCUCUCCUGCUUCCUCGUUUCCAGACGUGACCGGACUCGGAUGUUCUACCAUCCAUCCUUCAGGGAGUGGCUGGUGUGGAGGGCUGAUGGAGAGAGUACUGACUUCCUGUGUGAUCCCAGAAGUGGACAUGCCCUGAUGGCCUUCAUGCUUUCCCGACAAGAAGGAAAACUGAACAGGCAGCAGACGAUGGAGCUGGGUCACCAUAUACUCAAAGCUCACAUAUUCAAGGGACAGAGUAAGAGGACGGGUGUGUCCUCCAGUGUUCUUCAGGCCGUCUGGAUAAGUAACAGUACAGACAGUCUGUCAGCUGCUCUCUCCUCCCUCAGAAAUCUCUACACACCCAAUGUCAAGGUGUCUCGGCUGCUGAUUCUGGGCGGAGCAAGUGUGUGUCACCGAACAGAGGUGCUCAACAGCGCCCCUGUGCUGUGUGUGCAGUCUCACCUUGGCCACCUGGAGAUGGUGGGCUUGUUGCUGGAGUUCGGUGCUCCUCUGGAUGGGGUAUCUGAAAAUGGCAUGACCCCCCUGUGUUAUUCCGCUGCUGCUGGACACCUAGAGGUUUUGACGCUGCUCUGCAGAAAAGGGGCAAAGGUGGAUCAUGCAGAUAAGAGUGGUCAGUGUGCAGUAGUGCAUGCUGCGCUGAGAGGCCAUGGAGAGAUACUGCAGUAUCUGUUGGAGCAGAACUGGAGCUCUGACAGCAGCCUGAUGAGCAGAGUACUGCAGCAAGCCCUCACCGCUGCAUCCAGCAUGGGACAUAUACAGGUGUUGAAGAGCCUGCUGGCUCUGAAUAAAGACGAGCUCACGGUGCAGAUUGAUGGCCAUGACACUCUGUGGGGCGAGACUGCUCUGACUGCUGCUGCUGGGCGGGGCAAGCAGGAGGCUUGUGUGUUUCUUCUAGAACAGGGCGCCACUGUUACACAACCAAACCGCAGGAGCGUGGCCCCCAUUUUCAGUGCUGUGAGGCACGGGCACACACAGGUAGUAGAGCUCCUGCUGCAGCAUGGUGCUGAGGUAAAUACCUGCGACAAACAUAACCGCUCUCUGUUGAUGGUAGCAGCCAGCGAGGGUCACCUGACCACUGUGGACUACCUACUCUCACAGGGGGCAAAUUUGACAGCGGUGGAUAAGGAGGGCUUGACUCCACUGAGUUGGGCAUGUCUGAAGGGCCAGAAGAGUGUGGUGGAGUUUCUGGUGGAGAGAGGAGCUCAGAUUGAUCACGCAGAUAAAAACGGACGCACUCCACUGGAUCUGGCUGCUUUCUAUGGAGAUGCUGACAUAGUGCAUUACCUGGUGGAGCGUGGCGCUGUAAUCGAGCACAUGGACUACAGCGGCAUGAGGCCCCUGGACCGUGCCAUCGGCAGCCGCAACACCUCGGUGGUGGUCACACUGCUAAAGAAAGGCGCCAAGCUGGGCUACAGAACCUCUCCCUAUGAUCGAUCAGGCAACGCCGCCUGGGCCAUGGCCACGUCCAAGCCCGACAUCCUCAUUAUCCUGCUGCAGAAGCUGAUGGAAGAGGGCAACCUGCUGUAUAAGAAAGGGAAGAUGAAAGAGGCAGCUCAGAGGUACCAGUAUGCACUGAGGAAAUUUCCAAGAGAAGGCUUUGGGGAGGACCUGAAGGCUUUUCGGGAUCUGCGGGUAUCCCUGUAUCUCAACCUGUCCCGCUGCCGCCGCAAAACUAAUGACUUUGGCAUGGCGGAGGAAUUUGCCACUAAAGCUCUGGAACUGAAGCCCAAGUCAUAUGAGGCGUUUUACGCUCGAGCUCGUGCUAAGAGAAGCAGCAGGCAGUUUGCUGCAGCCCUUUCUGAUCUGUACGAGGCGGCGCGUCUGUGUCCCAGUAACAGAGAGAUCAGACGACUGCUGGCCCGAGUGGAGGAGGAGUGCCAGCAACGUCCAGGCACUAAACAAACCCCGACGCACCCCUACCCUUCACAUCCUGAGGGGGACGACAAUGAUGAGGAGGAGGAUGAUGAUGACGAGGACGAAGAAGAAGAAGAUGAAGAAGAAGAAGAAGGCAUCAGAGUGCUCGAAAAAGCUACUGACAGCCGGGGUCUGAAGCACUCCCAUCGAGAGGAGGAAGACGAGGAGAGGAACACUGAAGAGCCUUCCCGUCAGGAGAAAAGGAAGGAGAACUGGCAGCAGAGCAGAACACUGCCAGACUCCUUGGGCCUGGCUGUGCCGGACGCCCAGUCCACCUCUCCUUUGCCCUCGAGCCGCGCGGCACACAGACGCCUCCCCUCCAGACAGGCUCAGAGCAUGAAGAGCCGAGAGCACUGCAGUUCCCUGCAGCCGGACCUGCGUUCUGCCCAGAGCGCCGGCUCCAGCCCCCGGCCCAGUCGCCACAGGCCCACCUCGCUCCGUGCUGGACCCUGCAUCGACAUCAGUCCUCUGGCUCCAGAACUUGGUAUGGACAGAGCAGCUAUGGGAGGCACCAGAGAGCUGCUCAGGGAUGUUCAGGUAGGUGGUGGUGUUCACCUGGGGCAUGUAGAGACUAUUCCGCUGGCCACAGAGGCUGCUGUCGAGUCCAGAGGAGAGUUCUGCAGGAGCAGCAGCGUACGAGUGUCCAGCUCCUCCAGCAGCUUGGCCUCAAGCGGAAAUCUUUCAGACGGUGGACGCAACCGCAGCUCCAUCGCCAAUGACAAUGCUGCCAUUACCCCUGACAACUCCAACGCCAGACAGUCAUCUGAGCACAAGCCACGUCCUUUUAUGGGUGUAAUGGACAAGACUGCACGCUUUCAGCAGCAGCAGCAGCAGCAACAACAGUUACAGGGCCACCACAGCAAUUCCAUGCACGGUUAUGGCUGGCAGGGUCACGGAACGGAGGGGCUUGUGGAACCCUUCCAUAAUGGGACGCACCAAGGCGAGUUCCACUCAAAAUCUCACUCCGCCGGUUCAGGCUAUAAAGACAGCAGCUCCAACCUGAGCAUGCAGCAGCACUACAGCGAGAGCAAGCACAAGCAGGCCAGCCUGGCCCGGGAUAACCCCAUCCUCAUAAGCUCCAUCAAGCCUAAACGCUCCUUCAUCGAGUCCAACGUGUAGCUGCUCCCGCUGCUAAGCACAGCCUCACAAAGCACAAACUCAAUGAUGCGUUCAGAUCUAACGGAUGAGAUUUCAAUAUUUGCCAAUUGAAAUUUGACUUUGGUUAUUGAUCGAGACAUAAAACAAAAGAGGAAUAAUCGUUACAAUAACAAGGCUUCGCUUUGGCCUCUACGUCUUAUUCACAGCAUUACCUCUACGGCAUAGAACCACAGUUCAGUUUUAAUACAGACUAUAUCCAGGAUAAACCGAGCUCUAUGUGAGCUGCACUAAUAGAACCUUAAGCUGCACAUAGUAAGCAAUGAGGUUAACUGCAGCUAUGAGGUGAAGAUUGUACUGGCAUAUCUGGUACGAUUAUCUUACAUUUAAGCAGAGGGUUUACUGUAGUACUCUUCUAUAAGGGCAGAGAGUGUCUAAUAAAGGACAUUCUAACUUUUUUUAAAGCCUCAUUCAGGAGCUAAAAAAGCAGAAUACUGUAUCCUGACAUAGUACGCAUUAUAAAAAAGUCUGGACAGUAUUGGAAAUGAGGGUAAAAAAAAAAAAAAAAGCUGUGUUUUAAAAUUUAAAUAGAUUUUUAUACAAUUACGAUUGUGGACAGUAUAAACCUAAAACAGUUAAUAUUUUGUCCGCUCAACUUUUUAAAUUUCAUUUAUUAAUAUUCACCCAUUCCUGCAUUUUCAGCCUUUCUGUAACAAAUUCCAAAAACAAGUUGAGAUACUUUGUAAUGUUGUUCUUUCUUCUUAUGACACUUAAAAGAUGAAAAGAUAUGUAAUGCACAUCAGAUAUUUCAGAUGUAAUUUUGCAGAAUGAGGGGAGUUUUGUCUCUUUUGGUGACAGGUCAGGACUGUAAGCAGGCCAGUCCAGUACACAUACUCUUCUCUUCUGCAGUCAUCCCUUUAUAAUAUAUGCAGCAUGCUGUUUUUCAUUGUUUCUUUUUAAAACUGCAUGGAAUUCUCUGGAAAAUAUUUUAGAAAAGUUUUAAAGGCAGCAUAUGUUGCUCUAAGCUCACAAUGUACUUUUGUGAAAUGCAGGAAUGGAUGUAUAUUAAGAUAUUAAACAAAAAUGAGCAGAUAAAAUGAUAAAUAUAUUGGGUUCAUACAGUUUGCAAUAAAAUAAAAAUCUAUUUUAUUUACCAUAUUGUCCCCACUUUCUCUGAUUUGGGGCUGUAAGGUGGUAGUAGAAGAAACCCUAUGUUGUUGCAGUUGUGCCAGCUUUCGGUUCCUGGCUGAGGCUUUAAGACAUAUUUGUGCGUAUGUGUAUUAAAUCUUUUGUGUGAAUGUGUGUGUGUGUGAGAUAGAGAAUGAGGAGGGGUGUGUUGUACAGUAUAUUUCCUUAUAUUCCUCUCUACCUGCUAAUGUAUUAAUUAAUUUAUUCAUGGCGCCUACAGCUUAGUUGAUUGUUUAAAACAUUCUAUUUUAUAUAUGUUAUUUUUGCACAGCUAUAUAUUAUGAUAUAUUAUUAUAAACCUUUUGAGAUUUGAGAAAGGUAUGCUAUAUAUAUGGCAAAUUCUGGUUUACAUGCUUUAGAGGAAUGGUUUAUAAACAAAGCAAUCCAUUUUCAGGUUUAGAGGGGUAGGUCGAGUGUAAGAGAUUAUUUUAUAUGUAUAUUAUUUGCAGUUGGUUCCAUAUAUAAAGCUGUUAAUGAUUGUAUUCAGCAUAACACCACAUAAUGCAACAAUAAAGCCCAACUUUUAAAUGA